AAAUUGGAUUAUUAAUGAGGGUACUGUCGACGGAAUUUCCCGAAUUUACAAAAAGUGACACACACCAAACAGGACAAGGGAAGGGUAUAAAAGAGACUUACUUACAAGACCACUGAAUAUUCAGUGAACAAUAACCUUAAAGCUGUCCGCAUCAAAGGAGAGAAAACAUGAAGAUGAAAGGAUCGUUAUUCAAUAUUUUCCACUUAAAAGACAUUAUUUUCGCCCUGACCGCCUCGACCCUGCACUUACUUCUCCUCAGUAGCCAGGUGUCACCCUUGUCGACCGGCCCGGAACCGUGCCCUCAAGACAAGCUGGUCCCAAAUCUGUGGUGGUACCGUCCUUGCCACGGCUCACGGCCAGCUUAUCUAUAUCCAUGUGUACCAAAGGAAUACAUGGAUUUGAAUACUGUCAGGUGGCUGCUCUCCGAGCACCUGGUUCUCCUGAGAGAGGAAAUUGCCGCACUACAGGAUGCCAUGAAAAGAGAGCGGUUUCAAGGCUAUGGCAAUGAAUUACACCGAAUCGUGGAGUCAAGCCACCAUGUCCCCGAAAAUUUAAGACAAUGCGAUGACCUGUCUGCCUCACAAACUUCAAGAAGUCUCCGGAGAAGACCCGAGACUGACAUUGAGGAGUAUGAUGAACAUACAGAGCUUACCGAUCUUCGCAAGACCUAUGAUUGUCUCGUGAGGUUUUCCGUUUACGUACACAACUUCAAGAGACCUGUGACAAGGCCACAAAUGCGUUACAUAUCAACUAAAGUGAAGGCAGUCAAAAAACGUCUCCACCGCAUUCUGUGCUACAUGGCGGAAGUUAUAUUCGAAAGCGUGCCAUCGGGGAAUUUCCAUUGGAUACUUCUGACAUACCCGCCAGGAGAGGUCAAAAGGUCAACAUUCGCUCAUUUCCCACGUGGCGAGCCGACAAUGGUCAGAUACUAUAGAGAAUGGAACGUGGUGCGUUUGCUGGGCGUCUAUGUAGGCGGUUUGAUUUCAUAAAGGUCGGGUUCAGUUUUACGAUUAUAAUAUUUCAGAGUUUGAAAUAUUCAAAUAUUUAUCUUAACCCUCUCCUAACAUUAUAACUCAUAUGUUCCCAUCCAUAUUCGGUGUUACUAUUCUUCCUUUUACCCGUUUCCAUUCUUUUCAUAUGACAUCAAUUUGUUAUUCUACAUGUUGUUUAUAUGAGUUUUUUUUCUUAAUUUUGCAUAUUUUAAUUUACCAUGUGUUUUUUUUUCUUACUUUACACUUUUUGCUUUCUUCUUAUUGAUCUGUUAUUUUAUUCAGUGUUUGGUGCUGUUUUACAGAUGAUAAUGUCCAUUUUUACAUGUACGUUUUUACAACGUUGGCGCUAUUCGUCGAUGGUGCUCAUAGGAAUUGAUAUUAUUAUCUUAAUAUCUCAGUCGUCCAAUUUAUACAUAUGUUAUGUUAAUUACUUUUACUUCAACUUAUAUACAGUUUACAUUUAUUUUGUAUGUAUUUUUACUUACAUACAUUUAUUCGAAAAUAAAAUUAA